AUGGCAGCGCAAAAAGCAAAAGAGACGGCCCAGGCGUACACGAAUGGUCCGCUGACGCCCAACUUCAACGCAAAAGACUACUCUAUCUUCUUUGCUGCUGGAGCGCUAUGCUGCACCAUCUCGCACGGAGGCAUGACUCCUAUCGACGUGGUCAAGACCCGUAUCCAGAUUGACCCUGCGUUGAAGGGCAAUUCGCUUCUGGUCGCUGGCAGGAAAAUUGUCGCUGCCGAGGGUACAAAAGGUCUCUUGACUGGCUUCGGUCCUACCGCAGUUGGAUAUCUGUUCCAAGGAGGAGCCAAGUUCGCAGGAUACGAAGCGGCUAAGAAGUACCUGGUGGAAGCGUCCGGGAGCCAAGAGGCCGCUGUGCGGAACAGGACGGCUAUCUACCUCGGGGGUGCUGCUAUCGCAGAAUUCUUCGCAGAUAUCCUCCUAACCCCGCUCGAAGCCACACGUAUUCGACUAGUCUCUGACCCCAAAUACGCUACCGGCCUCGUGUCUGGUCUGACGAAGAUCGCAUCAACAGAAGGCUUCUCGUCUCUCUACGCUGGGUUCAUCCCUAUCCUCUGCAAGCAGGUCCCAUACGCUAUCGGUCAAUUCACGGUCAACGAGCGAUGUACCGAACUCAUCUACAACCAGAUGACACCUGAGCAGAAGGAGUCCUUGUCGCCUGUGUCAAACUUCGGUAUCACUUUGUCGAGCGGUAUCGUCGCCGGUUUCGCCGCUGCCAUCUUGUCUCACCCCGCCGACACCCUUCUCUCCCAAAUCAACAAGGGUCACGGGCCCAAGGGAUCGAUGGUCAACCGGUUGCUCAUCCUCGGUAAAGAGGCAGGUGUCAAGGGUCUCUUUGCUGGUCUCGGACCAAGAAUGAUCAUGACUGCCGGUCUGGUCAGCUCCCAAUUCAUCAUGUACGGCUACAUCAAGCAAGCGCUCGGUGCUCGGCCCGGUAUCGAGAUCCACAAGGAGUAG